UUGGUAGUCUUAACUGGAACAUUUGCAUGUGCAGACUUUGAUCCUUGUAUAUGACCUGAAAAUUUGAAAAUAUGUUGUCGUGUCCUUGGCUUUUUUUCUUCAACGUGAGGAUUGCUUGCUUGUCUCUUCUUCCUAUCCAAGUCCACAUUGCACCGGGCCCCAUUCUUUUUACUUUAUUUCCUAUAUAAACCCUCUCUUCCUUCCCUAUGUCACAAGCAUCCAGCACUAAACACACCAGCUUUUUAAUUAGCCUUUCUCUCCCUCGCCGCUCACUUCAACUAGUAUUAUUCACAAUGGCAAUAGCAGCAUUGUCUGCAACUUCUCUUCUGCUUUUUGUCUUUAAUUUUUGCCUGCCUGGUGCCUUUGGUGACUAUGGGGGAGGAUGGCAAGGUGGCCAUGCUACAUUCUAUGGUGGUGGUGAUGCAUCUGGCACAAUGGGAGGUGCUUGUGGAUAUGGCAACUUAUAUAGCCAAGGCUAUGGAACUAACACUGCGGCACUUAGCACUGCCUUGUUUAACAAUGGAUUAAGCUGCGGUUCUUGCUAUGAAAUGAGGUGUGACAAUGACCCCAAAUGGUGCCUGCCUGGAUCAAUAACCGUCACUGCAACCAACUUCUGCCCUCCUAACCUUGCUUUGUCCAAUGACAAUGGUGGCUGGUGCAAUCCUCCUCUCCAGCACUUUGACUUGGCUGAGCCUGCCUUCUUGCAAAUUGCUCAAUACCGUGCUGGAAUUGUCCCCAUUUCAUUCAAAAGAGUCCCCUGUAUGAAGAAAGGAGGAAUCAGGUUCACAAUCAAUGGUCACUCUUACUUCAACUUGGUCCUGAUCACCAAUGUUGGAGGUGCUGGAGAUGUCCAUUCAGUCUCAAUCAAGGGCUCCAAUACAGGGUGGCAAGCAAUGUCAAGGAACUGGGGCCAAAACUGGCAGAGCAACUCCUACCUCAACGGCCAAAGUCUGUCAUUCCAAGUCACCACAAGCGAUGGCAGGAUUGUGACCAGCUACAACGUGGCACCAGGAAAUUGGCAGUUUGGACAAACAUUUGAGGGUGGCCAGUUUUAGAGUUUCAGGAAAUGGGAAGAUGUGUAUGUAAUAGCCAUUGUUUGAGACGGGGGAAGGUAUAAAAGGGAGAGUUAGGGUAGGAGAGGCUCAGUCCCACUAUGGCUGUCUAUUGCUGAGGUGGUAAAUUGGCACCCGCUAGGCCUUUAUAUAUUUUUACUCAAGGAUUGUGAGCUAUAGUUUUAAGUAAACAGGGAUAUUCCAUUGUUUUGGCUUUUGUUUAAUUCAUAGCCAUUAAUGAAUAUCAAAUUAAAGGUUUCUUCA